AUGCCUACCCGUCCAUCAAGAUUACCCCGGCGCAUCAGUCAUUCCACGCCCCCGAGCACAACGUACGCUCGGGAUUACACCGAACACGACGAUGAUCAUGACAGUUCCAGAGGACCGCGAAGGGGUCGAGCAGAUGAUCACCAUCAUCCACGACACAGAAGAAGGAGGAGUGUCGAGUCAGACGAUGGAAUUUACCAUGAUCCAAGAGAUCGCCGCUCUCACAAGAGUCGAGGAAGGGGAAGAAGUGUCGACUCAGACGACGACACUUACCGCGAGUCAAGAGAGAAGCGCUCUCGCAGAAGCCAAAGAAGGGACAGAAGCACCGAUUCCGAGGACAGCACUUACCACGGCAGGUCCCGACAUCAAAGCCGAAGAAGAGACAGGAGCAUCGACUCACAAGACAAGCGCCACCACUCGCACGACGAAGAAACCUCAAGACGAGGUCGACAUCGAUCAGUACGCCACCCCCUGAGAGGUUCACACCAAUCGCCAUCUCGAUCAUCAUCAGCCUCUUCCUCCUCAUCAGAGAGCGACUUUGACCGUGUCCGUGACCCUUCCCCCAAACAGCCCGGUCGUCUCCGCCGCCUAGCCCGCAGCGUCAGCCGUCUAGGUCGUCGUCGCAAACCAUCCGUCUCAUCGCGUUCCAGGUCCAGGAGUCGCAAGGGCAGGGAAGACGCGCACCUCCGCUCCAGAUCCCACCCACCCCACCACCACCACUCCUCAUCAAAACACAACGAAUCCCACUCUCCCGCAGACAUCAUCUACACAGCCGCACGCACCGCCUUCGAAGCAGGAGCAGUGGCCGCUCUCAAGCUGCGGAAUGAUCCCUCGCCAUUGAUAGGUGCCAAAGGUGGCAAGAUUGUCGCUGCCGCCGUCGGAGCUGCUGUUGUCGACACGUUCAUCGAUCAAAAGCACCCUAAGCGGAAAGGAGGGUUGAGACACACUGUCAUGAGGCAGGCUACUCAGAUGGCGAUAGGAAACAUCGUUAUGCCGGCUGUCAUACACGCUGAUAAGAGACACGGAAAGGGAGUCCCAGUGCAGACAAGUGUAAGGGGCAAAAGUGCAUGGUUUGGGAAUAUGAAGGCUGCUGGUGCAAAGGCCGGAGGGGGCGUGAGAGCGGGUGGUGGGAGGAGGUAA